AUACUUUAUGGGAUCUUGCUAUAGCUGAGGUGGAGAAGAGAGAAGACCCUGAUGAGGACAGCAAGCAUGUGGAAGCUUGGGAAAAAUCAAUAUUAUUUAUGGGAAACAAAAAUGGGGGAAAGACCACUAUUAUACUGAGGUGUCUUGAGAGGGAAGAAAUCCCAAAGCCAACAUUAGCCUUGGAAUACACUUUUGGAAGAAGGGCAAGGAGACACAAUACACCUAAAGAUAUAGCUCAUUUUUGGGAACUGGGUGGUGGAACCUCAUUACUGGAACUGAUUCGAAUACCAAUCACUAGUAACAACAUAACAUCAUUUGCUGUAGUUCUUGUAUUGGAUUUGUCCAAACCUAAUGAACUCUGGACUACUAUGGAGAAACUUCUGCAGGUCACCAGGAACCACGUGAACAAAAUUUUAACCAAACUGCAAAAGACAAGUCCUGAAGUAGCUACUGAAAUUAAACAGAGGAUGUGGAACAAUCUGCACAGGGAUCAUCCAGAUUAUGAGUUAGUUGACCCUUUUCCAAUACCCUUGGUGAUAAUUGGAAGCAAAUAUGAUAUUUUUAAUGAGUUUGACUCUGAAAUGAGGAAAAUAAUAAGCAAGACACUUCGAUUUGUUUCACAUUAUUAUGGAGCAUCAUUAGUGUUUACCAGUAAAUCUGAGGCUCUCCUGCUGAAAGCCCGUGUUCUUAUUAAUCACUUGGCAUUUGGAUAUGACAAAAGUAAGUCUGUAUCAGUGGAUCACAGCAAACCUCUGUUUAUACCAGCAGGCCUGGAUUCGCUGAGCCAAAUAGGACCACCACCUGCCUCUGACAGUGAUAUUGGAAAGAUGCGUGCAAACACACCGUUGGAACUGUGGAAAAAAGUAUUUGAGAAAACAUUUCCUCCCAAGAGUUUCUGCGAUUUACAAGAUGCCAAGGACCCUGCACAGGAUUCACGAUAUGCUGAGUAUGAAGUUGAUGUCAUGAGAGCUCAGAAAAACCAGGAGCUUGAACAAUACAAAAGAAAUGCCUCUAAAUCCUGGAAGGAAAUGGAUUUUGACCCUGAUUGAUGAACUGCUAUAGAUGUCUUCAGUUUAACAUUUACAAAAUUAUUUAAUCAUUUUAACAUUAUACUAAGAAUUUAAUCUGAUGGAGUUGAAAAUACACAAUAUCAAACUACAAAAUUAAUAUUUAUUAAGUAGUCCUGUUAUUAUUUUUAAUAAAAAUAGCUGGUUUAUUUGUUCAGUCCAAAUUUAAGUAUAUCUUGGUACUUACACAAAGUUUUAAAAAGCGGGGAAAAAGAAAAUCUAGAUUAUUCACAGAUGGUUUUGAAUAUGAAGGCUGGCAUUAGUCAGUUCUAC